UCCUUUUUCUUUUAUCAUCUAAAACCCCUGACCGGAGUAUCUUCUUCGAAAUGGCUCUACUUCAAUCCCACGCACUCUCACGCUUCACCAUUCCGUCGCCGUCGAUUCCCAUCUCCGUCAAUCCUCCGCCAUCUUUUUCCUCAAGGAGAGAUGUCCGCCGUGAAGCCUCGCCGUUAUCUUCCUUCACUGCCGGAGACUUUUCCGUUUCGUCGUUGACGCGGCCGCGGAGGAAGCUUCUCUGCCCUCCGCCUCGUGGGAAGCAUGUCAGAGAAGAUUAUCUUGUGAAAAAGUUAUCAGCUCAGGAGAUUCAGGAACUGGUGAAGGGAGAGAGGAAUGUGCCGUUGAUCAUUGAUUUUUAUGCCACUUGGUGCGGACCUUGUAUCUUGAUGGCCCAAGAACUUGAAAUGCUUGCUGUAGAGUAUGAGAGCAAUGCAAUGAUUGUGAAAGUCGAUACGGAUGACGAGUACGAGUUUGCACGCGAUAUGCAGGUCCGUGGCUUGCCCACAUGUUUUUUCAUCAGCCCUGACCCGACCAAAGACGCAAUCAGGACGGAAGGGCUAAUUCCAAUACAGAUGAUGCGCGAUAUCAUUGACAAUGAGAUGUGAAGUCGCUUAACGAGGAGAAACUGUCCAGAUGGAUGAAACCAGAGCCCUGUCUGUACCAUGGUCGAGUGGACCUUACCAUGGUUUAGGAUUAGCUUCAACUCAUUGCAUAUGUAUAUGCAUCAAUUUUGUAACAUUUGUAAUCGAAUUAGAUCAGAUGCUCGAGGUUUCAUCGAUGAAGAAAGAGAGGGCAAAUGCUUAAAAAAAUGUACUCUAAACAUUUAUAUGCAACGCUAGGUAUUUUUUUUAAUGAA